UUUUAUCUGUUUUGUUUUGAUAGUUGACCAGAAUCAUUAGAAACGUGAAUGAACAGCGUGUAAUUUGUUUUAAAAAGAUACAAGUUUUACUUUAUUAUGAAUUUGAGUGACAUCCUCAAGCGGUAUUCUGAUAUCGCAAUAAAAUUACCACCGGUUCCCGCUACGUUCAUCAAAACAACAGUAUUAGUCGAAAAUCAGGAAUCAUCAAGUGAAUUGAAACAUCUGCAAAUCAACUGCAAUCAACCGUUCGAAGCAACUGGCGUGUUUGAGUAUGAAAUUGACGCCUACAGGAUUAUUGCUCAGGGUGAAGACGUUAAAACUGUGUACGAUUUGACAUUGAACACCAAAGCCGAGAUCGAUCAUUUGUACCAGCCAGGAGACACCGUUGGAAUUUUGACCAACAAUUUCGAUGUAGAUGUGAGGAAACUGCUGAAACACUUGGACUUGGAAUCGGCGGGUGACCAGUGUUUACGUGUCGAAGUAGAUCCUUCAACUAAGAAAAAAGCAGCGAAACUUCCACCACACGUUCCCCCCACGAUACAGAUCGCGAAGCUGUUCAAGGAAUGUCUGGAUUUGAGAGCGAUUCCUAAAAAGCUAUUUCUCCGGGCUCUCUUGGACCAUACCACUGAUGAGGGCGAAAAACACUUCAUAUCAUUGCUAUGUAGCAAAGAUGGUCACGUUUAUGACGAUAUUAUCCUGGAGCCCAGGCUAGGAUUUGUCACAUUGCUGAAGCAUAUCUCCAGUUGCAAACCGCCCAUAUCAGUCCUCAUUGAACAUCUACCACGGCUAAUGCCACGACCAUACUCCAUUGCCAAUUACUACGACGAUCCGGGCCACUUGCGCAAGCUAAGAAUAAUUUUCUCUCUGAAUGAAGAAUCACCGGGGUUGACAACUACGAUGUUGAAGGACAGUUGCGAAAGCAGGAAUCCAAUUUUCCUGUACUUCAGAAAACCGACACGCUUUGUCUACACAAACAAUGAUAUGGAGUGUGACACAGUAAUGAUUGGAGUUGGGACAGGAAUAGCUCCAUAUCUGAGUUUUUUGGAGAAAAGAUCUAAAACACCGAAUCCACAUUCGCUGGGCAAUGCAUGGCUUUUUGCCGGUUUUCGUUAUGAAAACUCAAGCUACAUUUGUCGCGAUGAACUGGAGCAAUACACUAGUGGUAGAAUUUUGAACAAUUGCUCAGUGGCGUUUUCGCGGGAUCCGGGCACACAAUAUCGGCAUGUUCAGGAUCUUCUGGAAGCCAACAAGGAGGCGUUAGUUGAACUGCUCUGUGGAUCGAACUGCAAGAUUUAUGUCUGUGGUGACGGCAAAAUGAUGUUGCCUCAAAUUGAACGCAAGUUCGUCGAGAUUAUCAGCACUGUACAAGGCAUUGGGCAAGAUAAAUCCAGUACGAUUAUUUCUGAGCUGAAGAAAUCGGAUAGAUAUAUGGAGGAUACUUGGCUGUGAGUGAUCUUAUCAAAAUAUAUAACAGUAGGGCGAUUCAAUUUUUAAAAAUGUUUGAAAAUCCAA